AUGCCUCGAGUUGUCAGUCAAAUCACCGGUGCGCAGUGGGAGAAGGAUGGCCCACAAUCACCGACCCAAAAGUUCUUCAAGCAAUACGUUAAUGCCGUUGACUCGAGGGGCUACGAUAGCGGCUCGGGACUCAAGUUCUAUUCCAAGGAUGUUGUCUUCCACAACCAGAACGGCGCCGUCUACUACGGAGGAGAUGAAAUGUGGGCAUGGAUGAAGAAGCUUUUUGAUGUGUUUGAACGUAUUCAUCAUGAUUGGAUCCAGUUCCUGGAGGUUGAGCGCGAUGAUGGGACCAGCCAGAUCUACACUCAGAACAUUCGAAACCUUUGGCUCCGCGGAAACAAAGGAGACAAGCCGAGUGUUAGCAUCCCCGUCACGAUGAUUGCUAUUAUUGGGAAGAGUGGAAGCGAUGAGACUGCCGAGGGGAUGCAUUUUAAAGAGGUCUGGCUCUACUGGGAUACGGCCCUUCUUCUACCCUAUCUCCCUAAGGAAGCCGUAGUCUUUAAGACGAAGAAUGUCGUGCGCGCCAAUGAGGACUAG